AUGUCGUUAACACCGUUGCAAAUGGAUCAAGUGAGGACUAAAGUUUCCUAUAGUGAAGUAGAUUUACCAUACAACGGGUACAUGGAUAUCCUAGCCAAAGUCACAAGGCUCUCCGGAAAUAUCCUUAGAGGUCAAUUACAGAAGUACAGUACACAGCAGAAUAUUGAAUUCAAUGACGACUACGUACAAGAAUUGGAGACUGCAGCUGAUCAAAAGUUUUUAGAACUUCAGUCAUCGCUGGAUGUGAAGAAAGUAGCACAAGAAAACUGGGAUCAAUCCAAUAGUGAAACUGUGAGGAAUAUGGAGGAGAAGAUUCAAGAUGUUAUGCCACAAUUGGAAGACAUCAAAGACAGUUUGCAGAGUCGAACCUCCAGGGUACGAGAGUUGUACGAUUCUGUGAGUAAAGUGAAUAACGAACUAGAGGUUUUGUUGGAAGGUCGUACUAGUUUAACUGCAUCAAAAUCCCAAUGGGAGAAAGAAUUAGGUGCUGAGUUGACAGAAAAAUUGAUUGGACAGAAUUACUUGAGAAAGACCGGAUCUAAUGGUGAGGAGAAAUACAGAGUUUAUGAUAAUUUUACCAAGGGCCCUAACGAGCUAAGACAUACCAACAAAGCAAUUAAAAUUGAUAUUGAAAGGUUAUCUGAAGAGCUAGGCACCUAUAAGAAUAAAUGGUUAAAAGAUGCAGGUAUUUUUUCACAAAUGACGUCCGCGUUAAGAGAUGAGAUGAGCAAAAGAGAUCUUGAUUUACAACAGGCUGAAGACGAAGAUGAAGAAAUGGAAGAUGAUGAUGAACCCGAAGAUGAACCUGAGGAUGACGAAUCUGAAGAUGAAAAUAUGUUAGAAGAGGAACAAGUUGGUGAAACAGCCGAACAGGCGGAGGAAGGUAGUGAAGAACAAGGUGAAGAGCCAAUUGAAGAAGAAGCAGAGACCAAGGGCUCUCAAAAGGAGAUUGAUUCAGAAUCUACGCCUGGAAGCUGA